AUGACGGUUUCAAAACCGAGACCCAGGCCCCUGGCCAGCGUUGCUCAAGAGCCGUCCUCAUCGCCGAGCCCAGCGCCAAAGGGCAAUUUGCUCAGUUGUACGUCGUGUGUGCAGCACGAUUCUGGACGAAACUCAUCUCUUCAAACAGUCUUACAGAUGGAUUCAUCGAUUCCCUCAGAUCAACCGACUGGCGACAGUCCCCCAGCUACAGCACGGCCUGUGAAACGUCGACGAAAAAACGGAGACGAAGACAGUGGGCCAUCUGAGCCACGACGACUUCGUAGAUCGCACGAGGCGUGUGCAAGGUGCAGAGGGAAAAAAAUCAAGUGCGAUUCGAAACAUCCUCGCUGCACCGCCUGUGUUACCGCUGGAACGCCCUGCAACCAGGAGGACAGACACCGCCAGACGCUCACUCCCAGAGGCCAUACCGAGCGUCUGGAGAGUUUGAUCGCUCAGUGUGAUGUUUUGCUCAAGCGCCACAUCCCCAACUUCUCCCUCGACCGUAUUGAAGAAAUCUUGGCCCAUGAGGGCAUUGACAUCAACGCAAUCACCAUCGACGCAGUCCUUCAGUACGAGGCGGAUCCCUCUCGUCCUUUCAGGUCAGAUCCAGCUCCCCCUCCACCCAUCUACCCGCCAGGAAUAUUGCCUGGCUAUCCCAUCAUUCAUCCGCCUGGAUAUCCCUAUCCCAUUCCAGGCCAUCCUGCUUACAAUCCUCACCUUCAUCCACCCUUUCCACCACCACCUCCUGGCACCCCUUAUGGUCCCCCUCUUUCUCAUCCUCCGCCCCCACCCCCGCCCCCGCCCCCGCCGCCACCGUCCUCCGAAUCUCCUACUCGUGCCACAGUUCCACCCCCUGAGGUUGUUGGUCAAGAUCCAAAGGCGAACGACAUGUCCAGCACUCAGGCCCUAGCCAAGAGCUUCGGCGUUUCUCCUGCCAUCGUCAACGACCUCAACCCAUCCCAGCUCAAUGCUACCCACUCCGACAAGGAGGAUCUUGCUGUCGGCUCCAAUGGCCUCAGCUCCGGACGUGAUCGUGCUUUCCAUGAAAGUUCUUCUCCCCGUGACAGUGUCAAGUGGCGCACCGUCUCUCUCCGCCGUUCAUCCAAUCCUCGUCCGCCUAUCUCCCUCAAUGGUUCUCUUGGAACCUCUCAAUCCGUCGAAGUCUGGCUUCCCAAGGAUCGGAGCAUGGUUUGCCAUAUCACAGACGUCUACUUCAAACGUCUCAAUCGCCACCGCCCUGUCUUUAUGAGAAACGAAUUUGAAUCCGCUCUCGACGAUUUAUACGCAGAAAAGGUCGGUUCCCAUGAUCCUGGUUUCAUUUGCAGUGUCUAUCUCGUUCUUGCAUUGGGCACCCUGAGCGAACUCAAUUAUCGAUCAUCCAGCGUGGACGAUAACACUUCCAAGGAUGACGCUCAAGGCCCUUCCAUGACGAGGAAGCUCAUGCCUGCCGAUUGGCCACAGCAUGAAGACUUCUUCGAGAUGGCUCUGGCCGUUAAGCCUGAACUCAAAGUCACCAUUUCGAGUUUGCAAACUCUUAUCCUCUUGCACUGGUAUCUAUACACUGAGCGGCAAGGCCGUACUCUUUGGCGUUUAGUCGGAAGUCUCGUUCGGCUUUCCAUUGAGCUUGGACUCCAUCAUGAUCCAACUCCUCAAGUUCACAACAUACCUGGCGGCGAAAAGCGUGUCUUCACUGAGGAAGAAUCUCAGCUACGGAUACGACUGUGGGGUAUCGUGUUGGUUCAUGAUCGUGGCACCUCCAUCCUCCUCGGUCGUCCCUUGGCGAUUGCUCCUUCUGACGCCAACACUCCUCCCCCCUCUCGUUUGAAGCAUCCAGCCGAGUUUUCGGAACACUUUGAGCUCUCAUUCCCGAUCGCAGAGAUCCAGGCCGAUAUCAUUAACUCCUUGUACUCUCCGUCGAGACAGAGCGGCGAUACUAUCAUGCGCAAUGCGACCAGGAUCAUCAAGAGUAUGCAAGAGUUUAGGCGAAACCUCCCGGAACGGUAUAAGAACUAUUUUGGUGGUACUGAUGAUUGGCCGCUGGAACGGAGGACAAAGUUGGUCGAAGAGAUCACCGAGGAUGAGGGUUUGACGUUGCUCAAGCUAGGAAUUGCCCGAAUUCUGCUGUUGCGUGCGUUGUUCAGCUUGCGGGAGCUUUCGUAUGACCAACGCAGUAAGGCUUUGGUUGAUGCCAUUAUUGCCUCCCACAACAUCAUCAUUGUCCAUAGUCAACUCAUCCGAUUCCCAGAUAUCGCCUUCUUCACUUCGCCUAUUCCCUUGCACAUUGCCGCCAUGGUUAUCUUGUAUGGUCGCAUGUCCAAAUGUAAUUGCUUGUCUCACCACACCGCUAUCGAAGACGUCUGGCUUGCCCUAGACAUGCUUCCUCGUUUCAGAUGGCGAUGGGAACGCAAAGAUGUGAAUGGCGGUCAUCCUCUCAUAGCUCGAUUGGCUGAGCGUGUCAUGGAAGUCAGCCUCCAACAAAUUGGUCCUGCAACACAUCCGGUAUUGCUUUCGGAACCUGAAUGGGAGGAAGACUCUGUUUCUGUGCGCUCACCUACUCUUAGUCUCUCAUCAAAGAGCCCCCAGCAACAUGCUUCGACCGUUGCUUCAUCGCCGACCUAUAGUAAUGUGGGUAACGGAAAUCCGACUAGUGGUCCAACGACAGCUGUGUAUCAACGACCAGUGAAAGGGAUAACAGCGACUAUCAGCGGUCACGGUGGAGAUAAAAUGGUCGAAGUUCCCGCGACAUUAUUUUAUCCUUUUUAUCCCGAGGCAACUCCACCCGCCAAUGGCCACAACAACGGCGGUAGCGGAGCUGCGGGUCAGGACUAUUCCCAUUUGCUGGCUGCAGCAGCAGCUUCUCAACAGAGUGCAGAUACUUAUAUGUCAGAGGAACGAGAUGGGGUGGUUUCUUCUCCGACAACGUCUCCUCCUUCUGUUUCGGUUUGGAUCAAUCAUUCUUCACCGCAAAGAACCACUAUGAGCUAUUCUAUUCCACCCCAAGCUUGAGGCCUUAGUUAUGCUUAUGUGUAUAGUCACAAGUCAAUUUCCAUGUAUUUGAAGUGUCUUGGAAGUGUCCCUAGCACAUCAUCAACAGCCA